CCCCAUUCAUGUUCCUAAUUUCUACUUCCGUAUUCCAAUUACUGCUAUAAUCUAUUGUUGUUUUUUACACCACCUGGUUCCUAAUCCCGGAUUUCGCGGUCUCUCUUCUCCACUAGCUGCGCACUUGGCUUGUUUCCGUCCUCAACACCACAAUCAUAGACGCCAUGAAUGCCUCAACCAUCAAGCUCGACUCACCCGCAAUCUCCCGGGCGGCAGUUUAUUCACCACAUCGGUAUGUGGCUCGCAAAUGUAGGGUUCAGCUCAUGAAAAUGGCCGCCCCUGCUUCUUCUUCCGUUACGUGCUCGGCCAAGCCAGCGUCAGCUGUGGUGGAACAUGGUGGUGAAACCGAGUCCAGAACGAGUCGAAUUGAGUCUCUCAGUCAGGUCUCGGGCGUCCUGGGUUGCCAGUGGGGCGAUGAAGGCAAAGGCAAACUCGUUGACGUUUUAGCUAAGCAUUUUGACGUCGUUGCUCGUUGUCAGGGCGGUGCUAAUGCUGGGCACACCAUUUAUAAUUCAGAGGGAAAGAAGUUCGCACUCCACUUGGUACCUUCAGGGAUUCUUAAUGAGGAAACAGUUUGUGUUAUUGGCAAUGGAGUUGUGGUGCAUCUUCCUAAGCUUUUUGAGGAAAUCGAUGGCCUUGAAUCCAAUGGAGUGUCAUGUCAAAGAAGGAUACUGGUGUCUGAUCGAGCUCAUCUUUUAUUUGAUUUUCAUCAACAAGUUGAUAAGCUUCGUGAAGUUGAACUAGCUAAAUCUUUUAUUGGCACCACAUGGAGAGGAAUUGGGCCUUGUUAUUCAAGUAAGGUGAUCAGAAAUGGGAUCAGAGUGUGUGAUUUGAGGCACAUGGACACUUUUCCCCAAAAGCUUGAUCUAUUACUAUCAGAUGCAGCAUCAAGGUUUCCCGGUUUUGACUAUAGUCCCGACAUGCUCAAGAAGGAAGUGGAGGAGUACAAAAGAUUUGCUGAAAGGUUGGAGCCCUUCAUAACUGAUACCGUUCAUUUCAUGGGUGAAACUAUUUCUCAGAACAAGAAGGUUUUGGUGGAAGGCGGUCAGGCUACUAUGUUGGACAUAGAUUUUGGAACAUAUCCCUUUGUGACUUCUUCAAGUCCAACUGCUGGUGGAAUCUGCACAGGUUUAGGCAUUGCUCCUCGACAUGUUGGUGAUCUUAUAGGAGUGGUUAAAGCGUACACCACAAGGGUUGGUUCAGGUCCCUUCCCAACAGAAACCUUUGACAACAGCGGUGACAUGCUUCGGUUUGUUGGGCAGGAAUUCGGAACAACAACUGGCCGUCCUCGUCGCUGUGGCUGGCUUGACAUAGUUGCAUUGAAAUACUGCUGCCAGAUCAACGGCUUUUCGUCUCUGAACCUUACGAAACUUGACGUCUUGUCGGAUUUAUCAGAAAUUCAGAUUGGUGUUUCUUACAAACUCCCUGAUGGUACACCAGUAACAUCAUUCCCUUCAGAUCUUAGAGUCCUUGACCAAGUUACGGUGGAGUAUGAAGUUUUACCUGGCUGGAAGUGUGAUAUAUCUUCUAUCCGGAAGUAUUCUGAUCUUCCCACAGCUGCACACCAAUACAUUAAAAGGAUAGAAGAGCUUGUGGGUGUACCCAUCCAUUACAUUGGUGUUGGGCCUGGACGAGAUGCCCUCAUAUACAAGUAAUUGAGAGUUCAAUCUUUUUUGUCACUGAAGUCUUUUUUUAUGGAGAGGAGUAGAGGACAUCGCUUCCUUUAAGUCGAUGAGGUGCCAAACACUUUUAAUGACACCACAGUAGUGUAAUGCACCUACAGAGAGAUCUACUCAUCAAUUAGGAUCUUAACAUCUUCCUGUUGUUGUUGUUAGUUGUGGUUUUACAAGCUAAAAGUUAUUAGAUGGCGUUACUAUUUGAAAACCUCGGGUGUUGUCCUCCUUCAAUAAAGAAACUUAAUUGAUUUCCUUGACACUCGGAUCCAAAUAAGAAAAUAUUCUCUUCACUUAAAAAUUGUUAUAAAAUCUGAAUGUUUUAA